AUGGAGUGUGAUUCUGGCGAGGGGAAGGCACCAAGGCAUGUGGCAACCACUGCGGGAGAGGGUGGGAAUGAGGAUGCAGAGAAAAGGGCAGCUGAAACUACUGCUGCUGCGGCUGCUGCUGCUGCUGCUGCUGCUGCCGCGGCUGCUGCUGCAGGCGAAGGAAUGGAAGCAUUGGGUGGCCCGGUAUUCAGCUUCGGGUCAGGUGAAGGCUCGGAGCAAAGUCCGAAGCGAAGUUCGGAGGGAGGUUCGGAACAAGGGAAAGAUCGGAAGCGGGACGCAGGAGCUGCUGACGGGAUGCAGGAAAUGCAAAUGGUAUUAGGUGGUGUGACUGUACGAAAUGUGACAGUACCGAGUGUGACUGUACCGAAUGUGACUUCAACGGGUGUGACAGGACACGGUGUGAUUACAGAGGGGGGUGAGGAGGAGUUUAUAGUGAGUGGUUCGGAGCACGGCUUGUGGCUGCCGAGCCUGACGGAUUUCCAAAUCAAGAAGCUUGAGGAGUGGUUCGGCAUGGACCUGAACCCGUCUCCGGAGCAAAAAGCGAGCCUCGGCAACAGCCUCGGGCUGCUGCCACAGCAGAUCUCUUCCUGGUUGCACCACCGUCGCCUGCAGCACACAGUGAAGCAGCAACAAGCAGAGCUAGAAACCCUCCGAUCAGCCUUUUCUCGCCUGCAAGCGUCAGCGAGUGGCAUGAGUGCGGAUUAUGAGCUGCUUCAAGCGGACUACCACACCCUCUUGGAUAAGAAGGAGGAGCUAACCAGCAAGCUGUCUGACGUGGCAUCCAGGCUGGCAGCAAAGCAUCGUUCCUUGAGCUCCAGCAAUCCAGGUAGUUCUGGGGCAGGCGUUUCCCAGACAGGUGUUUUCCGGGCAGGAUCUGCCGAAGCAGGUGUCGAUCGGGCAGGUUGGAACCGAGCAGAUGGGUCUCCAAGGGAGGGAGAAGAGCGGGCUGCAGUUACACCAACAGGAAAAAAGAAGGAAUUUGGGGUUGGAUUGGGGGAUUGCUCCGUUUCCCCCGGUUCAUCCCCCACACUCGUCUCCCCAUCCCCUCCCACCUCUUCCCACCACACUGACUCUACUCCGUCUCCUCCUCCUGCUACCGCAAUCCCUGGUUCUAGUCAUCCGGAUCCCUGGCAAUUAGCUAAGAGGCAGAAGCGACCGUGCGACACGGUUUUCCAGGCAGGGGAAGCAGCAGAAGAAGAAGCAGCAGGAGGGGUCACAGCAGCAGCAGCAGCAGCAGCAUCAGCACCAGCAACAGCACCAACAGGACCAGUAACGUCCCAAGGGAAUCAUUCCUUCAUCCCUCCUUUGGUCUUUCCUCCCACCUCCCCUGUGGUGUUCGAACAAGGAGGCAUCUGGGCACAGGAUACACCUGAUACAUCACCUGAUACUGCCGGUAACGUACCUGUUACAAUCCCCGGUUCUGCGGUUACCAGCAACACCAUGCUUCAGGAGGGUCCUACAGGUUCCGAGCCUGCUGCUGAUUGCGCCCGGCCUCCACAAGACCUGUUCCCCAUGAUGGCUGGUAAGCCACCAAACCUGCUGCUUAGGUUCGGAGAACAGGGAGAUGCCGAGCCUGGAUUUCCUGGUAUGGAGGCCCUUGGGGACCUGAACUCACCCCAUGGAUUUUGGAACCACACGGAAUGA